AUGAAAAGUGUAUAAAAACCUAGUCAAGCAUUUUUAAUUAAUAGAUAGUCCUCACUUCAAAAAGAUAUAGGAAAUUUUUCUAUCUAAUCUCCAGAUAAACAAAUAUAUUGUCCUAAAACAUCAUCACAAGCUAAAAUAUUAACUAAUGGACCUUCUCCUUACAUGUAAUCUCCACUUUUUGAUGGUAAAUAUGUUAACUCAAAUAAUAUCGCAAUUUAACCAUCUCCUCCAUAAAAAUUAGAGAAUUCUUAUUAAUAUAAACUUAAUACAAAAACCUUAACCUAAAAUUACAAUGUUCUAAAACCAUAUAAUUAACAAGAAUUAGUAAAAUCAUAAAAUGAACUCAAACCUAACUAUGAAACAUAUAAAUAUGAAUAUCAGAAAACUUAUGCUGGAAACUUUUAAAGUGAUAACAAUAAAGAUACUACAACAGAAAGAAAAAGUAACACUUUAAGAAAAGAUGGAACUAUUUAAGAAAGUAAAGAAAAUUAUGGAUUUUCAACUAAAUCUUCAAUUACUGAUUAUCAUAUUACAGUGGGUAAUAAUAGGCUUUAAUCUCAAAAUAAUGGAUUUUUAUAAUCAAAACCAAAAAUAUCAACAGAAAUAUCAAAGAUUUCUGGGUAAUUGAGAGAUUUGAUGUCAAGUGUUUAAAGAUUUGUUAGUGAUGGAAGACUGCCUGAUAAUAUUAAUGAUAAAAUGAUUGAAAUAUUGGCUACUUUUAGAAAAGUUGAAGAAUUAUCUAAUAUUGAACCUAAUGAUAAUGAUUAAAAAACAUUAAAUAUGGCUGAAGAUUAUAAUAAAUUAAAAGCUAUUCUUGAAUAGUUGUAAACUAAAAUGACUGCUUUAGUAUAAGAGAAUUAAAAAGUAAUUAAAUAUAAUAAAUCUUUUAGUUAAACAAAAAUUUGAUAGAGUAGGAAUAAAAAGUAACAGAGGAAUAAAAUAAGAGAUAAUAAGCUGAAGAUAAAGCAAAUUAAACAAAUAAAGAAUUUAAUAGAGUAUUUGAAUGUUUAUAAAUAAAUUAAAAAGAAAAUGAAGAACUAAAAAUGAAAUUAAAAUAGACAGAUUCUUUUAACAAUGUAAAAAUUAAUCAAAAUAAAAUCAUUAAUGAUGAUAUUUAGGAUUAUAAAUAAAGAAAUUUAUAAUUAUAAAAGGAAUUUGAUGUAUUAGAAAGUAAGUAUAAAUAAUUAUUAUCUGAAAAAGCUAAUUAAAAAGAUAUACCAAAGUCUCCUUUAAUUGUGAAAUCAAUUCAUUCAAGUACUUCUAAAUAAUCAGAAUAAUUAGAGCUUAAAUUAUUAUAAUUAUAAAUUGAAAAUGAUAAUUUAAAAGCAGAAAUGGCUCAUAAUUAAGUUGAUUCUAAGGCAAUUGAUAACAAAAAUGAAAUGAUUUAAAGAUUAGAUGAAAAAAUUAAAUCAAUUUUAAAAGAAAAAACAAUUUCAGAAGAGUAAUCUGUUUAGAUUUGUAAUAAUUUAGAAAUCUUAAAUGAAUAAUUAAAAAGUGCAUUAUCUAUUAAAGAAAAUGAGAUUGGUAAUCUAUAAAAAUAAAGAAAUGAGAUUGAGAGAGAAUCAAAAGGAUAGAUUAAUAAUUAUAUUCAAUAAUUAAAAGGAUUGGAGGAUAAAUUAUAAACAUCCAAAUAAGAUUAUUAAAAGUUGCUUGAUGAAUUUAAAUCAAUGGAUAUAAGAAAGAAUAAAAUAUAAGAAGAAUUGAAAAUAAAUGAAAAAAAGUUUGAAUAAUUAAAUUAAGAAUUUUAGUUUUAAAAAUAAGAAUCUAAAAAACUUAUUGAUAAAAAUUAAAUUUUGUAAUAAAAAUAGGAUUAAAUGAAUUAAUCAUUAUAAUAAUAGAACUCAGUAUAAUAAUAACUAAUUCAAUAAAUUGAAGGUUUGAAAUAAACUGAAAAUGGUUUAAGAAUAGAAUGUGAUAGAUUGAAUAAAAUGUAUUAAGCAAUUUAAUAGGAAAUGAAAUAUCAAGUAACAGAAUUAAAUGAAAUGAUUUAAUUACAAAGUAGAAGAACUUAAGAAAAGGAAAGAUAAUUAAAUGAGUUACUUGAAGAAAUGGGUGAUUUGAAAGAUUAAUAUGAUAUAUAAAAGAAAGUUUGUUAAGAAAGUAUUAAUGAUUUAGAAAGAAGAUUAAAGAAUUCAAAAUUAUAAAAUGAAGAAUUGUUAUAAAUAAAGGAAUAAGAAAUAAUUGAUUUCAAAUUAACAAUGGAAUAAUAAUUAAAAAUGCUUGAUAAAAGAAAUGCAUUAACAUCUUAUGAUUUUGAUUAAAGAGAGUAAUAGCUAUAAGUAGAUAUUCAAAGUAAAAAUGAAUAGAUAGAUGCUUUGAAAUUAGAAAUAGAAAAAAUUAGAAGUUAAAAUUUCAAUACUUAAGAAGAACUAUUAAAAAUUGGAAUAUUAUAAAAUUAAAAUUAAGCUAUUAUAAGUAAUUUAAGAAAUGAAUUAAAUUAAUCAAAAUAAGAACAAUAACAUUUAAAUGAAAUGUUAAAGAAAAGAAAAGAAGAAGCAGAAUAAUUACAUAUAAGUUUAGAAGAAAUGAGAAAAGAAUAAUAAAAUAAAAAGCAACAAUAAGAAGAUAGUAGAAGUAAUUAAUAAUCUAAUUAUAUUUAGAAUCUGUAUUGAGAUAAUAAGAUCUUUAAAUUUCAUUUGAAAAUCUUUAAAGAGAUAAUUUAAGUCUUUAGUAGAAAGUUAAUACUAUGUAGAAUGAAAUUAAUAGAAAAUAAAGAGAAUUGAAUGAGAAAAAUGAUGAAUACUUAAACAUUAAAAGAAAAUAUGAUGAAACAGUUUAAAAUUUAGAAAGAUUAGAAAAACGAUGGGGUGAAAAGAUUGAUUAACAUAGAAGAACUUGA